AUGCCCAAAGAUUCCAGUCAAUCGUCUUUUCCCACCUCAUCCUCAGAUUUUGCCCUUCCGACCUCGGUAGCGUCUACCUCUGCUCUCACCAUCGAGGAAACGAACUUCCUAUUCCAAAGAUUUCGUCGGCCCAGUCUACUGGCUCCCAAAGCCAUCCUUCACAGUCCUCUCCAAGCGUCGUUCACCCUCAGUCCAUCCUCUAAACGCAAGGCAGCGGAUUACGAUAACUGCUUAGAUGGUUCACAUCUUUACCGUGACAGAAUUUAUUCAGAUAGUUCUGGGUCCAGCGGUUCCGAAAACCCUACACCACCUUUAGCACCGAACAAUAGCGAAGAGGAAUUGGGAACAAAGGCCGUUAGAUCAAAAUCGGUAUCUACCCCGCCACGUAAAUAUUCUGACGCAGAUUCUCAUGUCCGACACGCCAGGCGGCGACUCUCCUUUCCGCUCAAGCAACCUCGGAUAUUUGACAUUGUAUCCUCUGAGAGUCGCCCUGCUGUCGAAGAUGAAGUUAAAUCGGAAGCAGCGUUUCAACGACUGUUGGCCUCCGGGGCUGAAUUACCGUUACAACCCCGUACACCCCGCGCAUCGUCUGAUCGUGGGCGAUAUCCCGAAGAGGCUGGCAACGAAUCCCAACCGGAAGAUACACAAAGUGAAGAUGAGGAUGAUUACAUGCCCUCGUAUUCGUCAAGCGUUAGCGAACCUAUAUCCAUACCCAAGCGUCAUACACCAACGAAUAGUGUAAAUGAUGAUGACUUCAACACGAUGUCUUUAUCGGAAAGCCCCAGUUUCUUUAGUAGUAUGUCCAUGGAUGUUGAUGUGGGCUUAAGCUCCCCUUCUAUUUCAUCUACCCCCAUCAAUUCAUGGCGUUACACUCCACCUCCAACUGCGAGUGCGAUACGGCCGAAUAAACGGAAACUUGAAGAUCGGUUUGACCCAUAUCCAGCUGCUAAAAGACGGGCCGUCUCCCCAUCUAUAUCCUAUCUUCGCGACGGCCACUCCCACUCAUCUUUGGGAUCACCUAUCACUCGCAACGUUCCGCGACUACCUCUGACGAUCCCGGUUCCAGUCCCUGCAUCUACUACCCCCUCUGCGACUUCAUCACCUACCAUUACUAGCCCCUACCCUUCUUCCCUGACGAGAGGCGUGUCCAUGGCUGCUAGCCCUACUCUUCGCUCCACGAUCGGUCUGUCGAGUCCCGUGUUGAGACCGUUAGCGCGAAACGGUCGUCGAGACGGUGAUGAGCGAGAGGUCGAUGGUACAGGAGAUGCCGUGGGUGGGCUGAGUCUAGGUACCUGA